AUGAAAUAAGUAGAAGUCAAGGACACAUACAUUGACGACUCUCUUUCUAUCAAAUACUAUGAUAAGAAGUAGAGAACUUAGUAUGGUAGAGGGACAGAUAAUUAUGAAGUAGAUUAUAGGGUAAAGAAUGUAGAACAGGAGGCUGAAUAAUAGUACUAUCAAAGAUUUCAAAAAGAGAGGAUGAUAGAAGAGCAAAAAAAAAGAGAAUAGCAGUUACAAUAAGAAUUGCAAUAUUCUGCAUAUAAUUACCACAUGAUUUAAGAGCAAUAAAAAAGAAAUCCUUAAUAAAUUUAUAGCAUAAACCAAUUUUUAAAUACUCCUUUGCCUUCCUCAAGCAAAAAGGAAUACAGUUUAUAAGAUGCUAACUCCUACUCAGAUAGACAUACUCCUAAUUUUAAGUCAAAUAACUCCUAAAAUGGAUCUAUAAAAUAAAAUUUUGCUAAUUAAGAUGAAUUAGCAAAUGAUAUUUUCAGUUUAGAAAUUGAUUAAAAUAAAAAUAUUUAAGAAGAAUAACUAGUAAAUAAUAUAAAAUCAAAUGAAUACAUCUUGAAUUAUUUGAAUAACGAUGAUUUUAACUUCAAUGAAAGAAAAUAAAAAACAUUUAUAGAAAGAAAAUUGGAGGAAUAGGAAAUUCAUAAUCACAGUAAUUAUAAUGGAAAAUUAUCCAAACACUGCAGUGCUUGCUAAAGAAAAAAAUAGUUAGAAGAAAAUAAAUAAAAGGAAUACAUGUAUAAUGGAGUUAAUUUGAAUUUGCUUCUUUUGGAGUGCAAAGAUGCUCUACAAAAAAAAUACUAUAAAAAGAGUGAAGCGUUGCUGUUAGAAGCUUUGCAUAAGGGAAUAGAACACGCAGAUGUUUACUACCUAAUAGGGGAAACUUACAGACUACAAAAUUUAUUAGACGAGGCAGAGAAUUAUUUAUUACAAGCUUUGCUCUUUUAAUUUCAUUCUCCUUAUACUUACAACUCAUUGGGUCAAGUUUAUAUGGCUAAGGGGCAGUAUGAAAGAUCUAUAAAACUUUUCAAAAAAUUUGUUGAAACAAAUGAAGAACCAAAAGCCUUUUUUAAUAUUGCUACAUGCUUGGUUAAGUAAAAAGAAUACUUAGAUAGUCUUAUAUACUUUGGAAGAGCUAUUGAAUUGGAUGAGACUGAACCAGUUUACUACUUACACAGAGCAGAUGCUAAUGAAGCGCUUGGCUUCGUAGAUAUGUCUCUAUAAGACUAUAGGUUAUAUAAAAAAUUCUCUCCAAACGGACUCAAAAAUUUAGAAAUUCAAUAUCAAUAUUUAAUGAAGAAUGGAAGAAUUGUUGAAGCAAGAAAUUUAAAGAAUUAUAUUAAAAAAAUAGAAUCGGCUUGA